AUGAGCAGCGAUGAGGACCAAAGGAACAUGGCGAUCAAGGUUGUCGCAGCCCUGUUCAUGUCCAUAGCAUGCGUGGCUGUGAUGCUGCGAUGCUAUGUCCGAGGCUGGGUGGUGAAAGCAUUUGGAUGGGAUGACGGUGCCAUGGUGAUGGCAAUGUUUUGGUAUAUAUUCUUCUCGGGGGCUAUGAUUGGGGCCGGGUUACAUGGGAAUGGGCGGCACUGGUAUAGCCUGAGCCCAGAGGAGCGAGUGGCUGCCAUGGAGUAUUGGUGGUUCUGCGAGAUUGCCUUCUGCUUCGCAUCUAUUUUCUGCAAGAUCUCCAUCUGCAUUUUCCUGAUGCGAAUCUGCAUUCGACGACUGCACCUAUGGCUUCUCUAUUCUGUGAUGGCCAUGACAGUUCUUGCAGGGCUGGUUUUCAUGUUCCUGAUGUUCUUACAGUGCAGGCCACUUAGCUUCUUCUGGACUCGAAUGAAGCACCACCCGGUCGUCAAUAUUGAAGGCGAGGGGUCUUGCAUUAACAUGGAGAUCAUUGUCGCCAUGACAUAUGUUUACAGUGCAUUUGCCGCCAUGUGCGACUUUACGGUUGGUAUCCUGCCUGUCUUUGUGGUACACAAACUUCAUAUGAAGCGUCAGACGAAAGUGGCAGUUGUCGGAAUUUUGAGUAUGGCCUGCAUUGCAUCCUCCGCCGUGAUUGUUCGCAUACCCUUUGUGAGCACGUUCAAUGACUUGGACGACUUUUUGUAUUCGACUGUUCAAAUUGCAUAUUGGUCGAACUUGGAGGUCGGCUUGGGUAUUACUGCUGGCAGUCUCGCAACUCUCCGACCACUUCUUCGCCACUGGCUUGGUUCACAUGCAGAUCCAUCGUAUUCCGCCGGUUUCCCCAAAGAAUCUUACGGGCGACCAACUGGCGCCAGUAGACAGCGACCUGUGGCUUUGGGGUCUAUGGGGGAAAUGACCGCAGCGACUUGA